AUGCGCAGGUGUGCACUGUACGCAUGGGUUCAACCGCACAGGCUAUCUGAUCAGCAGCUACAUGGUGGAGCAUGAUGAUCUGGCCAUAGAGACGGCCACGCAAUUUUUCGCAGCCGCCCGUCCCGCCGGUAUCUACAAAGACCACUACCUCAAGAAGCUAUUUGAGAAGUAUGGGGGUGAUGAACAAGACCUGAUUCUUCCUGGAAGACCCGAUUGGGAAGACGAGGAUGCUCUGCAGGCGGAGAUGCCCCAGGGCGAAGGGUACGACGACACAUCCAAUGGCACUGCCAGUCGUAAACGUUCGCACGAGGAGACUAAUGCGUACGGAGGUGUUAGUGAGUCCCUAGACGACACAUAUGAAAUGUAUCGCGGCAUGAAACGUGUUAAGUACAUGCAGGUGUGUGGAGGUAGUUAUUGCUGGAGUGGUGACUGA